AUGAGUGGCUACACCCACUCCAGUCCCUUCGAUGAGGGCAUGUUGCCAAUCGGUAACAUACAUCGGAUGUACUACGCCCAAUAUGGCCGGAAGAAUGGCCUCCCUGACGGAGGCCCCGGCGGCGGCACAAAGCCCAGCAUGACCAAGUUCUUUGACCCGCGUAUCUACCGUGUUGUGCUCUUUGACCAGCGUGGGACCGGCAACUCGACACCGCCCUGCGAGCUCCAGGAGAACACAACUGACCAUCUUCUCGAAGACAUCGAGGCGCUUCGAAAGCACCUGAAGAUUGAUGUCUGGCACAUGGCCUUCGGCGGCUCCUGGGGCUCGAGUCUUGCCCUGCUCUACGCCCAGGACCACCCAGACCGUGUGAAGUGUCUCGUGCUCCGGGGCAUCUACACGUUUAGAAAGUCAGAGGUCAGCUUGAAUGCCGGCAGGGAGUUCUUCCCAGACGCACUGGAUCGCUUCAUCAAUUGGCUGCCUGAGGAGAAACGCUCUGAGGAUCCGAGACAUGAAUAUUACAACAUGAUGACGUCUGGGACCAAGAAAGUCGCGCUCGCGGCUGCAAUUGAGUGGAAUCGCUAUGAUCUGACCAUUAGCACCUUGACUCCAAGGAAUAAUGCCUUUGCGAGACUCGAGGAUCCCAAGUGGAACAUGGCGCACGCGUUGAUUUUCGCCCAUUACUGGAUUCACAACUUCUGGCGCGAGGACGGGCAUAUCCUCAAGCCCGAGAACAUGGCAAAGAUUAAGCAUAUCCCCUGUAUCAUUGUUCAGGGGCGGUACGACGUAGUCUGCCCUCCUGUAACUGCCUGGGAGCUUCACAAGAAGUGGCCAAAGUCAAAGCUCCAAAUUGCUAUCUCUGGACACUCUGCAUCGGAACCUGAUACUCAACCCAGGCUGGUUGAAGCUUGUGAUGUAUUUGCUCGGCUUUAG